AUGCCACUGCUGGAAGCUUCCACCUUCUUGUCCUUCUGGGCUCUUGGCCUUGGGUUAUCUACAUUGAAGCAGUCCCAGCUAUCCAUUACCACAGAAGUGGGGGAAAUUAUUGACAUAGAUUGCAAGAUUACAAGCACCAAUUUUGAAAAGGACAUCAUUCACUGGUACCGACAGAAACCGAAUCAGGCUUUGGAGCGUCUGAUUUAUGUGAGCUCCACAAAAAGCCCUGCUAUAAGCCAUGUAGAUGGAAAGAGAAACAAAGUUGAGGCAAGAAAGAAUUCUCAGCUUCUCACUUCAACCCUCCGCAUAUAUUUCAUAGGAAAAGAAGAUACGGUUGGCCUUGGGCAGUUAAAAUUGGAGCAACCUGAAAUAUCCAUUUCCAGUGCAAGGGAUGAGAGUGCCCAGAUACCUUGUAAGGUGUCCUCUGGCACCUUUAGCAAAGAUUACAUUCACUGGUACCGGCAGAAACCAGAUCAGGGUAUAGAACAUUUAAUAUACGUGGCCUCCACAGCCACUGUUUUUGGGAAGAACAGCAAAUUUAAGGCAAGUAAAUAUCCACAAACUUCAACUUCUACCUUGACAAUAAAUUUCUUAGAAAAAGAAGAUGAGGCCGUGUACUUCUGUGCCUUGGUUGAAUCACUGUGGAAUUAUGAUAGAAAACUCUUCGGGGAAGGAACAAAGCUUAUCGUCACAGAUAAAAGCUAUGGUCCAGGGUACUAUCCCAAGCCCACCAUUUUUCAUCCUUCAGCUGCUGAAGUAAGCCUUCAUAAGGCUGGAACACAUAUUUGUCUUCUUGAGAAAUUUUUCCCUGAUGUUAUCAAGGUGUACUGGAAGGAAAAAAAUGGCGAUACAAUUCUGGAAUCUCAGCAGGGAAAUACCAUGAAGACUGAUGACACAUACAUGAAAUUCAGCUGGCUGACCGUGAGUGAAGAGUCAAUGAAUAAAGAACACAAAUGUAUCGUCAAACAUGAGCAUAAUAAAGUGGAUCAAGAGAUUCUUUUUCCUGCAAUAAAGAAAGAGGCUGCUACUAAUCAUGUAAGAGAAGUUUAUCUGGAAGACAAAAGUGAUAUACUUCAGCUGCAGCUCAUCAAUACCUCUGCCUACUACACCUACCUCCUCCUCCUCCUCAAGAGCCUGGUCUACUUUGCCGUCAUUUCCUUCUGUCUGGUUCGGAGAACAGCGGUCUGUGACCAUGGGAAGAGUUCAUAACAGAUGAUGGCACAAAAGGAUCAAUGUUCUUUUCCUUUUUUUCUUUUUUUCCUUUUGCCUCUGAACCUGUCUGCUGAGGAUCUAGCUGGACUUUCUUUCUGGGUUUGGAUGAUUUCAGUUCACAUGUGCAUUUUUCUAUUAUGUCAUUUUUGCAUAAUGGUUUUCAAACCACUGACCAAAAGAAAAUUCCACUGUGUAACAAGAACAAAUUCUGCCAUGACUCAGGGGCAGGGACAAAGGGUACCCUUUAGCACCAUCUUCCCAUAAUCCCCAUCAGCUCCUCUAGCCAAGCCUAAUAAUCACUCCUUCUGAGAACAGACAGCACGCAGCCUCUAGUCACACUCCUUAGUGCUUUUGCACCAGAUAACUGCCCUGAACUUUCCAUUUUACACACCCAGAAGAUGCCAUAUUUGCUACUU